ACACUUUCCUGGGCCCCACUACAGUCCUGCUGAAUCAGUGUUUUUGGGGGAUGAGGCUCAGGAAUCUGUUUUUUUUUAUUUUUUAAUAAGCUUCCCAGGUGAUUCUUACGCUCAUUAAAGUGACUUCUAAACGUUUUAUUGCAGUAUAACACACUCGUUAAGAGUUGGAGGAUUAUAACAUUAGAAUAUCUCUAAGAUUCUUUCCAACUUUAAAGAAUUCUAAGAAUCAGUCCAUUCAACACAUUUACGCAUGGGCACAUUUAUUAACAAGCAUGCAACUUUGGACUCUGUUACCCCCUUUGCAGGAACCGUUUCAGAUCAGAAUGUAAUUCUGCAUGCUGUGUAAUGGUCUCUCAGUGAUUUGGAAAAACAGAAUGUUUUUCAAAUGUGUGGCCUCUCUCAAAGGUCAGUUUACUGUAGAGAGUGCCGUAGGUCCACUGGAAAGUCUGUUCAAAUUUGAUCUGAAUGUCAGAAUUUCCUUAUACUUUCCAUGUACGCUGACCAAAGCAUAAUACUCAAUGACAGAAGACUGUUGCCUGGGCGGGAAAGGAGAUACCUGGCUGUGUUUCUGAUUUGAUUACAGAACCAAACUCUAUUAUAGUCAUUUAAAUCCAAGCUUCUUUGUCAAUAAAACUCCCAGUCUUUGACCUCCCUCACAGAGGGCCUGGGAUAAUAUGCAGGUAAAAAGUAUUUAAAUCCCUCCUGAAGUGGUACACAGAUCACUGUGCUAAUAACUUUCUUCUGAAUCAACUGGUAAAGUAAUAGGUUUAAGAGAGUCUUCCAGUUACUAAAUAGUGACGUUGUCUCUUUUCCCAGGCAACUAGAAAUUGUUGGGAAUUUUCUAGGAAAAGCCAUCCCUUUUAAAUAAUGUGGCUGCCUUUAAAAUUAUCCCCCUGCUUUUAAACUUUUAUACAAAGCCUUCAUUUUUUUUUUUGGAUUACUUAUUUUAUGCCCUAUGAAACAGGUGUGUAAGCUUCCUGGUUUCCCACAAGUGAAUAGACAUCUCAUCUUUGUGUGACACUAGGCGAACUCCUUAGCUUGCUUCAGUUUCCUCAGCUAUGAAAUGAAGAAGGAGAGCAGACGGAUGCUUGGUCUCCUCCAGCUCUAACACUUUCCACUCAUGUAGAGGAAGGUAGCGUAAUAUAGGGAAAGUCAUGGGCUUUGAAACUGGACAGACUUAGGUCGGAAUUUUAAGUUUCCUCAGUUGUAUGGCAGGGGGUAAUGAUAUGUUAGUUCUCAGGGUAAUAAAAGCAUGUGGCAUAGGGCUUGGCACAGAAAGACAUUCCAGAAAGGUGAGGCUUCCUGGCUCCCUAUUCCUCCAUGGCUUUUAGCCUGCACCUGGUUAAGCCUCCUCUUACUGAUAGAGUGAGAAGCAACCCCCUGGUCCUUAUUCAAGUGCAGGGACAAGAUUUCUGGGAAGGAAAACCCAGCAGUCCUGUGGGUAACAGGUUCUUGGUUUCUUCCUGACCUGGUGACCACUGGAGCAUGAAGUUACCAUUUCGGGUCUGGUUGAAAUGUGGCAGGAGGUAACUACAGAACCAAAGGUCACUGUUGCUAUAGAUGUAAUGAGGGCUCACCAGAGCCCACAGCAGGUAACCAAAGUCUUCUCCCUGGGGAGUAGGUGGGGUCACCUUCUCUCUGCCGUGAGAAUCCAGGGAGGCUAACAGCAUUUGAGAGUUGGAAGCAGCCUUGAAGACCUUUAGAGAGGAGGAAACCGAGAUGCAGGGAGGGAAAGUGACUUUCCCAUGAUCACACAGCCAAUCAAGCAGCAGAGGAUUCAGUUUCCUGGAAUGAAGUAAUGGAACAUGAGCCUUGAAGUCAGAGGACCUGGGUUCAAGUCCUCGUCUGUCAUGUAUUGGCUGAGGACGCUUAGGCCAGCUGUUGAGGCCUGGUGAAAACAAAUCAGGUGCAAUAAUGUUCUGCAGUAAAAAGAAAUCACUUGAAGUGGAACGGAUAGUAAAAGCCAAUGACCGUGAAUAUAAUGAGAAGUACCAGUACACAGAUAAUCGUAUCCACACAUCCAAGUACAACAUUCUCACCUUCUUGCCCAUUAAUUUAUUUGAACAGUUUCAAAGAGUGGCAAAUGUGUAUUUCCUUUUCCUUCUGAUUUUACAGCUGAUUCCAGAAAUUUCCUCCUUGACCUGGUUUACCACCAUUGUACCUUUGGUCCUGGUGGUAACUAUGACAGCUGUCAAAGAUGCCACAGAUGAUUAUUUUCGCCACAAGAGUGAUAAUCAAGUGAAUAAUCGGCAAUCUGAAGUGCUCAUUGACAGCAAGAGGUGGGUCAAAAAGGAUCUUGCUGUGGUUUAUGUCAUACUGCAGAAUGAAAAAUGGAUGAAUGUCAAAGUGGGAGACAUCAUUAAAUUAGAAAAUAACCAAUUUGUUGCUGCUGAUCUGCUUCUCCUAUCAAGUAGUGAGCCACAUGGCCUCUGUUAUAUUGAAACUGCUGAGCUUGAUGGGGAAACGAACCUUAAAGUGCGCCAUGCGUUAUCACUUACCUCAGAACUUGGAGCAGAUAUUAGCAGACUUGCAAAGUUUGAUGGGAUUGUUGUCUGUGAGGCGCCUAACAACAAACUAGAUAAAUUCACCGGAGUCCUCUCUUGGAAGGGCAGCAAGCACUCCCUCAACAAUGAGAAGAUAAUCCUGAGGGGCUGUGUCCUGAGAAAUACCAGCUGGUGUUUUGGAAUGGUUAUUUUUGCAGGUCCUGAUACUAAACUAAUGCAGAACAGUGGUAAGACAAAGUUUAAGAGGACAAGCAUUGAUAGAUUGAUGAAUACUCUAGUAUUAUGGAUUUUUGGGUUUCUGAUAUGCUUGGGAAUUAUUCUUGCAAUAGGAAAUUCAAUCUGGGAGAAUCAAGUUGGGGACAAAUUCAGAACUUUCCUCUUUUGGAAUGAAGGAGAGAAGAACUCUGUGUUCUCAGGAUUCUUAACAUUCUGGUCAUAUAUUAUUAUUCUCAACACAGUUGUACCAAUUUCUUUAUAUGUGAGUGUGGAAGUAAUUCGUCUGGGACACAGUUAUUUUAUAAACUGGGAUCGGAAGAUGUAUUACUCUGGGAAGGCAACACCUGCUCAAGCUCGGACGACCACGCUCAAUGAGGAACUAGGCCAGAUUGAAUAUGUUUUCUCUGACAAAACGGGUACCCUCACUGAAAACAUCAUGACUUUUAAAAAAUGUUCCAUUAAUGGGAGAAUCUACGGCGAAGUACAUGAUGUUCUGGGUCAGAAGACAGACAUGACUAAGAAAAAAGAGGCUGUGGGUUUCUCAGUCAACCCCCAAGCAGAGAGAACAUUUCAAUUUUUUGACCACCAUCUGAUGGAAUCCAUUAAAAUGGGUGAUCCCAAAGUGCAUGAAUUCCUUAGGUUACUUGCACUCUGCCACACCGUAAUGUCAGAGGAAAAUAGUGCAGGAGAGCUGAUUUACCAAGUUCAAUCACCUGAUGAAGGGGCCCUAGUGACUGCUGCAAAAAAUUUGGGGUUCAUUUUUAAGUCUCGGACCCCAGAGACAAUAACAAUAGAAGAAUUGGGAACACUAGUUACUUAUCAAUUGCUUGCCUUUUUGGAUUUCAACAAUUUCAGAAAAAGGAUGUCUGUCAUAGUUCGAAACCCAGAAGGACAGAUAAAGCUUUAUUCCAAAGGAGCAGACACUAUUCUGUUUGAAAGACUUCAUCCAUCCAACGAAGACCUCCCGGCUUUGACGUCAGACCAUCUCAGUGAAUUUGCAGGAGAAGGCCUUCGAACCUUGGCCAUCGCAUACAGAGAUCUGGAUGACAAGUACUUCAAAGAGUGGCAUAAGAUGCUUGAAGAUGCAAAUGCUGCCAUAGAUGAGAGGGAUGAACGGAUAGCAGGGCUGUAUGAAGAAAUCGAAAGGGAUUUGAUGCUACUAGGUGCCACUGCUGUAGAAGAUAAGUUACAAGAGGGUGUUAUUGAAACGGUUACAAGCUUAUCACUAGCCAAUAUUAAGAUCUGGGUCCUAACAGGAGACAAACAAGAAACUGCCAUCAAUAUUGGCUAUGCCUGCAACAUGCUGACUGAUGACAUGAAUGAUGUGUUCAUCAUAGCAGGGAACACAGCCGUGGAGGUCAGAGAAGAACUCAGGAAAGCAAAGGAAAAUUUGUUUGGACAAAACAGAAGUUUUUCCAAUGGCCAUGUAGUUUUUGAAAAAAAGCAGCCGCUGGAGUUGGACUCAGUUGUAGAAGAAACCGUAACAGGGGAUUAUGCCUUAAUCAUAAAUGGCCACAGUUUGGCCCAUGCUCUAGAAAAUGAUGUCAAGAACGAUCUUCUAGAACUUGCCUGCAUGUGUAAGACUGUGGUUUGCUGCCGAGUCACCCCUCUCCAGAAAGCUCAAGUAGUAGAGCUGGUGAAGAAGCACAGAAAUGCUGUCACUUUGGCCAUAGGCGAUGGAGCCAAUGACGUCAGCAUGAUCAAAAGUGCUCACAUUGGCGUCGGCAUCAGCGGCCAGGAAGGACUGCAGGCAGUCCUAGCCAGUGACUACGCAUUUGCACAGUUUAGAUACCUCCAGAGGCUUCUCCUUGUUCAUGGAAGGUGGUCCUAUUUCCGAAUGUGCAAAUUCUUAUGCUAUUUCUUCUAUAAGAAUUUUGCAUUCACGCUUGUGCAUUUCUGGUUUGGUUUCUUCUGUGGUUUCUCAGCCCAGACUGUCUAUGACCAGUGGUUCAUUACCCUUUAUAACAUUGUCUACACAUCACUGCCUGUUUUAGCCAUGGGGAUUUUUGACCAGGAUGUUAAUGACCAGAAUAGCAUGGAUUGUCCCCAGCUCUACAAACCUGGACAGCUGAAUCUACUUUUUAACAAGCAUAAAUUUUUCAUCUGCGUGGCACAUGGAAUCUACACCUCAUUAGUCCUUUUCUUCAUCCCGUACGGGGCCUUUUACAACGUGGCUGGAGAAGACGGACAGCACAUUGCAGACUACCAGUCUUUUGCAGUGACCAUGGCCACGUCUUUGGUCAUUGUGGUCAGUGUGCAGAUAGCCUUGGAUACCAGUUACUGGACUAUCAUUAAUCAUGUCUUCGUCUGGGGCAGUAUUGCCACUUAUUUCUCCAUUUUAUUUACCAUGCACAGUAAUGGCCUCUUUGGCAUCUUCCCAAGCCAGUUUCCAUUUGUUGGAAAUGCACGACAUUCCUUGACCCAGAAGUGCAUCUGGCUUGUUAUUCUCUUAACGAUAGUGGCUUCAGUUAUGCCUGUGGUGGCAUUCAGAUUUUUGAAGGUGGAUUUAUUCCCAACCCUGAGUGAUCAGAUCCGCCAGUGGCAGAAGGCUCAAAAGAAGGCAAGACCCCUGCGUAGCCGAAAGCCUCAGACUCGGAGAUCAAGCUCGAGAAGAUCUGGAUAUGCUUUUGCUCACCAAGAGGGCUAUGGAGAGCUUAUCACAUCUGGAAAAAAUAUGCGAGCUAAAAAUCCACCCCCGACAUCAGGGUUGGAAAAGACACUGUAUAAUAGCACUAGCUGGAUUGAAAAUUUAUGUAAGAAAACCACAGACACAGUGAGCAGCUUUAGCCAGGAUAAAACAGUGAAACUGUGAGUCAAGAUGAAUUUGAACCACACAGUUAUCUUUUCACUUCGGCUGGACCUGAAAUUAGCUGGCUCCAGAGUUUAAGAUCAGGGGCUAGGGGUGGGGCAGAUGGCCUCGCUUAACCUAAAUCUGUGUCAGACAGUGGCCAGUGCCAUCCAACAGAGACGUGCUCUACUGAAAACCAGGUCAGAGGUCACUGUCCAAUUCAUGAGUUGGUGGACAAAACCCUCACAAUACCAGCACAGGUUUUUUUUUUUAUCAACCUAGAUACCAAUCGAUCUGUACUUUAGAAUCUUAUUUCUGGAGAAACACUUGUAAAUCUGCAUAUACAGACAAUGGGUCUUCAGGUGAAUAAAAGGGUGCAUUCACAAGGCAUAUAUCCCAGCUGAAAAGCAUCCUUGUGACAGAUUAACACUUAUAUAUGUAAGAUCAGCCGUUCCCAAGAUACACUUUUAAGAUUUAAAAGGUACACAUUGUACACUAAGGUGCUUCCAGACUUAUGGCAGCUUCUCACUGUCCAGCCUUGAUCCCUACC